AGUUUGUUAUUGUUCGGAACCGAACCUUCUGGAGUAGGAUUCCAUGUCCAGACAUAUAUAGUUGUAUCUUGAUUAAUCCAUUUGUUUCUAGAGACAUUUUCUUUCAAAAUGGAUAGCAGAGGAUCGCUAGCAUUUGACGAAUAUGGGAGACCAUUUAUUAUUAUCCGUGAUCAAGAAAACAAAAGAAGAUUGACCGGUAUUGAGGCUCAUAAAUCACAUAUAAUGGCAGCAAAAACAGUUGCCAAUCUGUUGAAGACAUCUUUGGGACCCAAGGGAUUAGACAAGCUACUCGUGUCUCCUGAUGGGGAUAUCACGAUCACAAACGAUGGCGCUACGAUUCUUAAACAAAUGGACGUUGAACACCAGAUUGCCAAACUCAUGGUCCAGCUUUCGCAGUCACAAGACGAUGAAAUCGGAGAUGGCACCACUGGUGUUGUAGUUUUGGCUGGUGCUCUGAUGGAACACGCAGAACAGAUGCUCGACAGAGGAAUCCACCCAAUCAGAAUCACCGACGGCUACGAAAUGGCCGCCAAAGUUGCCGUGGAGCAUCUGGAUACAAUUGCCGAGACCUUCGAGAUCGACCCAAAAAACAAGGAGCCGCUCAUACGUCUGGCCAUGACUACACUCGGUUCAAAGAUCAUAAACCGUUGCCACAUGCACAUGGCUAAGAUCGCGGUGGAUGCUAUCAUGGCAGUUGCAGACUUCCAGAGACGAGAUGUUGACUUUGAGCUCAUCAAGGUGGAGGGAAAGGUCGGAGGGAAAUUGGAAGAUACGAUGCUGGUUAAAGGGGUCAUUGUUGAUAAAGACUUUAGCCACCCACAGAUGCCCAAGGAAGUGAAGGAUGCACGUAUAGCCAUUCUCACAUGCCCUUUCGAGCCACCCAAACCAAAAACCAAGCACAACAUGGAGGUGAAGUCUGUUGAGGAUUACAAGAAACUCAGAGAAUAUGAACUGCACAAGUUCCAAGAAAUGGUUCAACAGGUAAAGGAUUGUGGCGCAAACCUGGCCAUCUGCCAGUGGGGUUUUGACGAUGAGGCAAAUCACCUGUUGCUACAGAAGAAGUUGCCUGCCGUGCGUUGGGUCGGUGGUCCAGAAAUUGAGUUGAUUGCUAUAGCAACAGGUGGUAGAAUCGUACCAAGGUUUGAGGAGUUAACAGCGGAGAAACUUGGUAAGGCAGGCAUAGUGAGGGAGCUUUCCUUUGGAACCACAAAGGAACGAAUGUUGGUGAUCGAAGACUGCCAGAACUCACGAGCUGUAACCAUCUUCAUUAGGGGAGGAAACAAAAUGAUUGUUGAGGAGGCCAAGAGAAGUAUACACGACGCCCUGUGUGUGAUCAGGAACAUCGUGAAGGACGAGCGCGUGGUGUAUGGGGGCGGGGCGCCCGAGAUCUCGUGCUCACUGGCAGUGGCUAGAGCUGCUAACAAGAUUUCCACCUUGGAGCAGUACGCCAUGAGAGCGUUCUCCUCUGCCUUGGAGAGUAUACCACUGGCCCUGGCUGAGAACAGCGGGCUGUCUCCCAUCCACACGCUGGCCGAGGUGAAGUCAAGGCAGACCAUGGAGAACAACCCACGCCUCGGCAUCGACUGUCUCUCUAAAGGCACUAAUGACAUGAAGGAACAGAAUGUGCUUGAGACGCUGUCUUCCAAGAGGGCCCAGAUCAUGUUGGCAGUACAGCUGUGUAAGAUGAUCCUGAAGAUUGAUGACAUCCGAGCCAACUCUGACCAAGCCAUGUGAUCCAAAGGGCCACCCAUCCAAGUGUUGAAUUUCAGAGGAACUUGAAUACAAUCCAUCCAACAAGAGCUGUGGUCCAUAGUUAUGACGUCGCAGAAUUAUUACUCCCUCCAUAAUUGAUGACGUCACGGAAUUAUUACUUCCAAUGUCACUUUAUGACCUUAAUGCUCUAAAAUGAACAAGUAUAUUUCAUAGUUAAUUUAAAUUGUUUGACUAACCUUGGUAAAGGCAUUCGUCACUUCAGCGGGUGUGGUACCAUGUAAGUCGAAUAUGUAACAAUGAUUUUAACACUUCUGUGCUCAUAGAUUAUACAGAGCUUUGUGUUCAACAUUUUGAUAUGUUGAUGUGCUUUUAUUUUGAAGGAAUGAGCUAUUUCUGAUUUGUAGGUUUAUUUAUAAUUUUGUGAAUAAAAAAUCUCGCUAACGAUCA